ACACCAACAGUGAAUAUUUUGGUUCACCAGAAUUACAUUCGUGUCAAAUGAAACGCUGCGUUUGCCUUGCAGCAUUGUGUUGCAGAAGCAGUUGCAGUGCAUUCGGUGUGGUGCAUACGAAGGAUUUAUCGAACGUAUGCGUCAAACUGUAUGCGUUGAUGGCUUGACAGAAAUAGCAGCAGAAGGUGCAUUUUUGUUAAAUACAUAUCCAGAUGACGCUGCAUACUAUAUGCGACAAACUGUUGGUGUGUUCGAAGCGUGACUGUUUACUAUUUGCUCGAGCUACAAAUCGAUUUCCGGUUCCUUUCCAGCGCGGUUUUGUUAAGCACACAUUUCUAAAUAGCAGCUGUUUUGUAUGAGAUUGAACAUAUCAUAACAUCAUGUCCUACCCAACCGAUGAAACCGAAGAAUAUGACCCUUAUUCCUACACAAAUGACGAUUAUCUCCAUACUGGUGACCCUAAAGCCGACCUGGCCUACGAGCGCCAGUAUGAGCAGCAGACCUACCAUGUCAUCCCCGAGGUGAUCAAAAACUUCCUUCAGUACUUCCACAAGACUAUCUCGGACCUCAUUGACCAGAAGGUGUACGAGCUGCAGGCCAACCGUGUGUCGAGCGAGAGCAUCGAGCAGAAGAUUUAUGAAAUCCAAGAUGUCUACGAGAACAGCUGGAACAAACUGACUGACCGCUUCUUCAAGACAUCUCCUUGGCCAGAGGCUGAGGCCAUCGCUUCCCUUGUCGGAAACGAUGCUGUGUUCCUGAUCCUGUAUAAGGAGUUAUACUACAGACACAUCUACGCCAAAGUCAGCGGAGGACCCACUCUCGACCAAAGAUUUGAGUCUUACUACAAUUACUGCAACCUCUUCAACUACAUUCUAAAUGCAGAUGGACCUGCCCCCCUGGAGCUGCCCAACCAGUGGCUCUGGGACAUUAUUGAUGAGUUCAUUUAUCAGUUCCAGUCAUUCAGCCAGUAUCGCUGCAAGACAGCCAAGAAGUCUGAGGAGGAGAUUGAGUUCCUUAGGAACAACCCCAAGAUCUGGAACGUUCAUAGUGUUCUGAACGUACUCCACUCGCUGGUGGACAAAAGCAACAUCAACCGCCAGCUGGAGGUCUAUACCAGUGGAGGCGAUCCAGAGAGUGUGGCUGGGGAGUAUGGCCGUCACUCCCUGUAUAAGAUGCUGGGAUACUUCAGCCUGGUGGGGCUGCUGAGGCUGCACUCUCUGUUGGGGGACUACUACCAGGCCAUCAAAGUCCUGGAGAAUAUCGAGCUCAACAAGAAGAGUAUGUACUCUCGUGUGCCCGAGUGCCAGAUCACCACCUACUACUACGUGGGCUUUGCCUACCUGAUGAUGAGGAGGUACCAGGACGCCAUCCGUGUGUUCGCAAACAUUCUCCUCUACAUCCAGAGGACCAGGAACAUGUUCCAGAGGUCCACCUACAAAUAUGAGAUGAUCAACAAGCAGAACGAGCAGAUGCACGGGCUGCUGGCCAUCGCCCUGACCAUGUACCCCAUGCGCAUCGACGAGAGCAUCCACACCCAGCUCAGGGAGAAGUACGGAGACAAGAUGCUUCGCAUGCAGAAGGGAGACCUUCAGGUGUUUGAGGAGCUCUUCAGCUUCGCCUGUCCCAAGUUCCUGUCCCCGGUGGUGCCCAACUACGACAACGUGCAUCCUAACUACCACAAGGAGCCCUUCCAGCAGCAGCUCAAGGUGUUCGCCGAGGAGGUGCAGCAACAGGCCCAGCUCUCCACCAUCCGCAGUUUCCUGAAGCUCUACACCACCAUGCCCGUGGCCAAGCUGGCAGGCUUCCUGGACAUGACAGAGCAGGAAUUCCGCAUCCAGCUGCUGGUCUUCAAACACAAGAUGAAGAACCUGGUAUGGACCAGUGGCAUCUCUGCCUUGGACGGAGAGUUUCAAUCCGCCUCAGAGGUCGACUUCUACAUUGACAAGGACAUGAUCCACAUCGCAGACACCAAGGUGGCCCGCCGCUAUGGAGACUUCUUCAUCAGACAGAUCCACAAGUUUGAGGAGUUGAACAGAACGCUGAAGAAGAUGGCUAUGAGUGGAGCCAGCACCACUGCCACCACAACCACCCGGGCCACAUGAGUCGGAACUAUGAAUUCCAGUGUGUGGCCUACCUGGAUCCACCAAGAAUGCUUUUUCUAUGUAAUUUGAAAACAAAAGAUGAAGUGGUGUCCUGCUGGUGUUUUGUUCAGGUGCACAUGUAGUCAUUGUGGUCAUUUUUAUUAAUGAACAGGUUGUACUGUGAUUUUAGUACCUUUUACGAAUAGUACAGUAGUUGAUGAUAAAUCAGAACCACUAGAUGGCAACAUUUAGCUUCCAAUGUCCAACAUAUAUAUUACUCUUUAUCGUAAAAGUUACAGAACUUGAGUUUAUGUUAUUAGGUGAACUACUGAGAUUAGAUAAUGUAUAACAAAUGUCAACUAUAAAAUGUCAUCCAAUAUCAUGAGCUGUGUAUUGAAAUUGUCAGCCUUCAUGUAUUUCCAGAUACUAAAUUAUUCUGUCGUUCGCGCUACAUACUUUGGUCUGAGAGUGCCAUCAUUGAAGUUGUGUGUGGUGACGAGGGGCCUUGUACAAAACAAACCAAUCAGGAUCAAAGCAAAUGACAAAUUUUCAAACUGCCGCUUUACCCACGUGUUCUGGCUCUGGUCCAACCUAUUGGUUUCUGGACGAAUCGGAUGCCCCUGAAUGUGUUCGCAUUCGGUGAAGGGUCAGGGAGGUAUUCAGAUCCACACAUGUGGAGAAGAAACUAAUGUCUGUGGGUGUAGUGUUUGGCCGGAGCAAGGAGUCUGGGUAUCCAGGCAACUGUCAACAUGAUCAGCAUAGUGUGUAGUUUUACAGUAUAACUAGUUACCAGCUCCUCCUCAGUGCUCCAAUAGUGAGCGGAAUUGGCUACACACUCCUAUCAACCCACUGACCCGGGGACGGAGGCAGUUGCAUAUUUUUUUUUUUUUAUCACAGAUCAUCCACAACAACAUUUCUCAACACGUAACUCAGGGCUGGGUGACAAUGACAAAUGAAAAUGUUCAAAAUGGGAGUAUAAAAAUAUAUCAUGCAUAACACUCAGGUCGGGAAACGGUUGCUAUUCAAAAGGAAACCCAACAAAUGUCUCAAGUACAAUGUAGUACACAUAUUUCAAACAUCCAUUUUGUCUACCCAUUUUGGUAAGAGCAUUUUUUUCUUCCAAAAUAUUUUUUCUAUGGGUCAUUUUUUAUUAUAUAUUUUUUAGCUUUUACAAUAGAGCAAAUCCUGCUCAUUUUGACCAUGAACUCACUCUGGUGGCAAUAUCAAAAAAAAUUUGUGGGGCAGCAUACCCUCUUUUUCAUAUAUAUAUACUCCCACCCUUACCCCUUCUGGCAAUCCAAGGGCUAGAUUCAGUCCAUAGGGCUGAAGAUCCGGGGUAUAGCGCGAUUGAAAUUUAAAAACCGAGUUCUCAGACUGCAUUCACGGUAAACACUGCAUAUAUCGGCUCAAUCUUGCUAUACCGCAGAUCUUCAGUGCUAUGGAUAGAAUUUUGCCUGAAAAUAAGGCUUCCAGUUCCAUACUGAGGCAUUGUUCCACUCUUACUCAGUCCCAAUUAUUAUUUUUAUUGCCCAUGUAACUUGAAGCGAGGAACUGUAUUGAUGCACUCGCUGUGGCUCUGUCUAUCAGUGUACUCUUUGAGUAACAGUGAGUGUUCUCUUUUAUUAUUGGUUCGUCCAGUCCUAGAGCUGCUCUGCUGGGCCACUAGCCUGGCACGCAAAACAGAUGUUACAGUGGUGAGCUCAGCGUUCAGUCUGGUUUAACCAGGCUACUUGGCCACCAUAGCAGAGUGGGUUUAUUUAUUAAUGUGUCUUGUGCUAAUAUCCAGACAAAGCCUCCUCUUCGUCUGUGCUCCUCAAUGAUGACAUCAUUAAACAAGUCCUUCUGUAGUCAAAUAUCAUGAUGGAGACCUAUGUCUGUUGGUGUCCAGUUAGGUCUCCAAAUUCAGGAUACCCAAGACAACCCAUUCAUUGGGAGACAGAACAGAAGGGCACUGCAGUCCCCAUAUCCAGACCUCAAGUCCUUUCAAUUCAAUGAAUGUCCUUAUGUAUCCCCUCUUCCCUUCCUCACCCAAUGAGUGCUAAUCUCUUACCUCUUUUACAGUAAAUAAAAAAAAUACAUUUCUA